ACGCUACAAAAGUACAAAGCCCAUCCUGUGGGAGACACAGAAAAUCGUUGAUGUAGAGAGAGAGAGAGAGAGAGAGAGAGAGAGAGAGAGUAGAGUGAGAAAGUGGUUGAAUCUUGAUUUUCCGUUUGAUUGAAGUGAUUCUGGCCUUUCUCCGGCUGAGAAUCGGUUCUGGAGAAGCUGCGUUUGGAGGAUGAGAGAUCUGUUGUAGUCUGAUAAAGUGUAUUUGUGUGUGUUCUGUUCGGAAAUGACUACUUCGGAGGUCUCAAUCAAAGGUUACGCUGAGCAGAAUGAUGUCGGAGCUCGCGGCGUCUCCUGCGCCGGAAAAGUGGAUUCUGAAGCGGCGUUGUACACGGAGCUAUGGCGGGCUUGUGCCGGGCCGCUGGUCACCGUGCCACGAGAGGGGGAACUGGUUUACUAUUUCCCGCAAGGUCAUAUUGAACAGGUUGAGGCAUCAACAAAUCAAGUAGCAGAUCAGCAGAUGCCUAUGUAUCAUCUUCCUUCGAAGAUCCUCUGUCGCGUGGUUAAUGUCCACUUGAAGGCUGAGCCAGAUACAGAUGAGGUUUAUGCUCAAGUAACUCUGAUGCCAGUACCAGAUCAUGAUGAGAAUGCAGUGAAGAAGGAAAACAUGCCCCCUCCUCCACCACGCUUUCAUGUGCACUCUUUCUGUAAGACACUUACAGCCUCAGAUACUAGCACCCAUGGUGGAUUUUCUGUGCUGAGGCGACAUGCUGAUGAAUGUCUCCCCCCACUGGACAUGUCCCGGCAGCCUCCAACCCAGGAGUUGGUGGCCAAGGAUUUGCAUGGAAACGAGUGGCGCUUCAGACAUAUAUUUCGGGGCCAACCACGGAGGCAUCUCCUUCAAAGCGGUUGGAGUGUGUUUGUUAGUUCGAAAAGGCUUGUUGCUGGGGAUGCUUUCAUAUUUUUACGAGGUGAGAAUGGGGAUCUUCGUGUUGGGGUUAGACGUGCCAUGAGACAUCAGGGCAAUGCACCAUCUUCUGUUAUAUCCAGUCAUAGCAUGCAUCUUGGUGUACUUGCAACGGCAUGGCAUGCCAUUCAGACUAAAACCAUCUUUACAGUAUAUUACAAACCUAGGACGAGUCCUGCUGAAUUUAUUAUUCCAUAUGACCAGUAUAUGGAGUCUGAAAAAAGCAACUACACUAUAGGGAUGAGGUUUAAAAUGAGGUUUGAAGGAGAAGAAGCUCCAGAGCAGAGGUUUACUGGUACUAUUGUUGGUAUUGAAGAUGGUGAUCCACAGAGGUGGCCAGAAUCAAAAUGGAGAUGUCUCAAGGUGCGUUGGGAUGAAACUUCUUCUGUUCCUAGGCCAGACCGAGUCUCACCUUGGAAUAUAGAGCCAGCUCUUACUCCCCCUGCUCUCAAUCCCCUUCCUGUCCCAAGGCCAAAAAGGCCUCGAUCAAAUAACCUGCCUUCUUCUCCUGAUUCAUCUGUUCUAACAAGAGAAGGUUCAUCUAAACUAUGUGCAGACCCUUCACCUGCCAGUGGGUUCUCAAGGGUCUUGCACAGUCAGGAAUUAUCGACUUUGAGGGGCACCUUUGCAGAGAGUAAUGAGUCGAAUUCCUCUGAAAAGCCAAUGGUAUGGCCACCAUCUUUGGAGGAUGAAAAGAUUGAUGUUCUUUCUGAGUCACGUAGAUGUGGUUCAGAUAAAUGGCUGCCUUUAGGGAGACCCGAACCAUCGUUUACAGAUCUAUUAUCAGGUUUUGGGACACAAAUGAAUUCUUCCUGUGGCUUCUCUUUACAACCCCGGGAUCAAACAUCAGCUACUGUUAGUUUGACAAAGCGACAAAAACAAUAUCAGGAAGGGAGCUUACUAGGAAAGCCAUGGUCUAUUGUACCUUCUGGUCUAUCGCUUAAUUUGAUGGAUUCGGGCAUUAAAUCACAUGGUCAGGGUUCUGAAGCUCCUUAUCAACCUAGGGGAGACUCCAGGUAUGGUGGUCACAUAGAGUGUUCCAUGCCACCUGGUCAUAAUGUUGAGAAUCAGCAAGGGAACUGGUUGGGGCGUCAACCAGUACCGUACCUGCAAAUGCCUGCUCAUGCACGAGAGAGAAUGCUCAACCCAAUGCUGAUGCAACAGCAUGAGGCUGCUAUGAAACCAAAAGAGGGAAACUGCAAACUCUUUGGGAUACCCCUCAUAAGCAACUCUGCUACCACUGAUACUGAAAUUUUACACAAAAAUACCACAAUUGAGUCAGGUCACCUGCAUAUUGGUAUACAAUCUCAUCACUCCCAUGUGGUUGAAUCUGAUCAAAGGUUGGAGCAAUCAAAUGGCUCUAAAGUGGUAGACGAUGGGGUAACUGGCAAUGAGGAGGAAAAAAUAUUUCAUAUUCAACCUGCUGAUAAAGAUAGGGAGAGAAAAGUUCAUAGUGGCUCAACAAGGAGUUGCACCAAGGUUCAUAAGCAGGGCACUGCACUUGGUAGGUCUGUGGAUCUUACCAAGUUCAACAAUUAUGAUGAAUUGCUUGCUGAACUGGACAAGCUGUUUGAUUUUAAUGGUGAACUUAAGGCAAUGAAUAAGAAUUGGAUGGUUGUAUACACUGAUGAUGAGGGUGAUAUGAUGCUCGUGGGGGAUGAUCCAUGGCAAGAAUUCUGCGGAAUGGUUCGCAAAAUCUACAUCUACACGAAGGAAGAGGUACAACGGAUGAACCCAGGGACUCUGAAUUCAAAAGACGAGGAUACAUCAUCAGUUGCAGAAGGAUUGGACACUGGAGAAGUGAAGAAGAUUUCACAGAUUCCUUCAGCAUCCAGUGCUGAGGAAUGUUAACUUUUCCUUGAAGCUAUAUAUAUUUAUAGCCAAAUUAUAGGUUAUUUGAAGCAGGGAGAAGACCAUUGUCCAUACAGCUGUUGAUUUUUUUUGGGAUACUUGAAUGUCGUAAGAUGCAUAUGAGAGGUCCCUUUUAACUUCAGGUGGCAGGGGGUCUCUCUCAAUAUAUAGCACAGAACAGCACGUAUUCUAUAACUUGCAAUUUUGGACCCCUUUCUUGGAGCCGACAUAUGGUGCACUAUUUAUAUACAUAGUAUAUGCACAUAUCUAUAUAUAUAUUAUCCACUAGGCAUAACCUUGCUUGAAAUUUCCACUUUGUACAUAGAUGAAAUGCGCCUGUUCUUUCAGCUUGAAUGUAGGCAAGUAGUAGUUAAUUCUUGGGCUUAUAUUGAAUUGAUGAUGAAUGAUGAUUGAUUAUGUGUUGAUACUUUGGAAGUUAAUGUAUAUAGUUAUGGAUGAA